UGAUAGAGUUGGUAUGAAAUACCUAUUACUUUCCUUUUUCUUCCUUGUCCUUCUUUUUUUCCAUAAAUAAAAAAAAAAAAAGGUUAAGUUUGGUUUUCGUAUAGGAUUAAGGAGUAGAAUCAAGUGGGCUGUAUAGAUCUAGAUCUGUGUAUAUAUAUAUGUUUCCUUGGAAUCUCCAAAACUUCUUUAAGAUCUAAGGGUCCAAAGUGGUGGGUGAAUUGAGUAUUUGCAGGAAGAGGAGGUGGAGAGAAAGAUGCAGGAUUCGGAAGCAGGGGAGAUUCCUCAGGAUCUCAUGAUCGAAAUAGCGGCGAGAUUGCCUGCGAAAUCGGUGAUGAGGUUCAAGUGCAUCUCAAAGUUCUGGUCAUCUCUCCCUUUGUCGACACACUUUUGCAACCGUUUCCUUACGUACCAAUCCCACCAACCUCGUUUCUACAUGUCGUUAGUGCACCGCCUAGAACACACAAAAUCUCUACUUCUAUCAUCCACUCCAACAACCCCAUGUCCGUCUUCCUCCUUAGAAUUCCACCAAGACCUCACCAUCCGUGGGAUGGUGGGCAACUUACUACGCGUUCUCCAUGGCUUCAUCUGCUUCAGGGUGAAGUCAGAGGCGCGUAUCUAUAACCCCAGCACCAGACAACUUGUCAUCUUGCCUUCCAUACAAGAAUCUUUUGUCAAAGGAUAUCCCCAUUAUUUCAGUCUCUACUUUAUCUGCCACGACCCAGUCAGCGAUCAGUACAAGCUACUCUGCGUAAUUACGGCCUUACUGUCUAGAGAAGGACUAGACGAACAAGAAAAGGAAGAAUUAGCAAGUGUCCCAGAGACUAUUUCAGAGCAUUGGGUCUUUGUACUAGAAGCUGGUGGUUCGUGGAAAAGGGUUGCAAAAGAUUUUCAAACUCCUCACCAUCCUUCCUGUCUUCAAGUGACUAUGAAGAAUGUUUUAUAUUAUCUGGCUGUCACUGAUUCUUCACAGACUUGUGUUCCUGUGAGUUUCGACAUCAGGUCUGAAGAGUUGAGUAUGAUUAAAGUACCUCCUCGCCCUGGGAAGAGGUUGGCUCUAAUAAACUACGGUGGCAAAGUAGCUGUCUUUGACUUCUCUUUGCUCAAAGAGAAUGGCUUGGUGGAUCUGUGGGUUGUGGAACAUUGGAGGAACAAGGAAUGGUCAAGGAAGACUCUGUUUUUGCAGCCUUGUCAAAUGCAUUUAGUCACUCACUGUUUUUUCACGGCAAAAGGUACAACUCUAAAAGGUCAAGUUAUCUUGGUACCACAAUACUUGAUUCCUCCCUUUUACUUUCUCUGCUAUGAUUUGCAACUCAAUCAUCUCAAAAAGGUUGAAAUCAGUGGGAUACCGGAUCACUGGUUUACUAUGGAUAGUUUUUUCAAAUCUUUUGACGUGGAGUUUAUGGAUCCGACUGAGAAUGUCAAGUACCUCGAAUCUUGAUCCUGCUUUUUAGGAUGAGGACGGCAUUCUUCGAUCAGAUCAUCCUGUUUCGUCUUUCUCUUUGUUUAGCUAAUAACUUAUUUAUUUUGUAACUAGGUAUUGACUUUAAUGUUAUAUUUCUUUCUUGGCCUUUUGCUCUCUUCAUUGGCUUUGUUUAUUUCCAUCU